UAUGAAAAGAAAAGACAGGUCACAAAAACCCACCCAAAUUUAGUCGGCUUUGCCUUUCUGGAUAUUUGGCCUAAAAAAUAGGGUAUCUACUGGUUUUGAUUGACGGACAAUGGGAAUUGAAAACGCGUCCUUGAAAACAAAAAAUGAUGUGUGACUCUACACAUUUCGGAGAUUUCCCAGUUCAUACUCUCCCUCAUCUCUUCUUGAUUGGAGACAGAAGUUAACGAUCAAGAUUUUACAUCCAUCCCCCCCACUUGGAUUUUAUAUCAGACAGGGUUGAGGGAUGGCAUCUUCUUCCAUGGACCCAAGCUGUGUGGUUUUGGUUUGAGAAUGUUUGAUGUGCGAUCACUGGCAUUGCCGCAGCUACCAUGGGAUCGUCUUGACUUCUUGUUUUUCGUUUUCUUUUCCCCCAAGCACAGAAGCAAUAUUUCAACAAACGAAGCAACCUUGCUGGCGCAGCUAAAUUGCCUGGCUUGGCCAAAAUGACAACCAAAGUGAAAGGUCUUUUGAGAGGUCUAAGAUACAUUUCACAAAUAUUUGAUGAAAAGGAACAAGAAAUGCAAAUUGGAUUGCCUACUGAUGUAAAACAUGUUGCUCACAUUGGAUGGGAUGGCCCGUCUGCAAAUGCACCAAGCUGGAUGAAUGAGUUCACCUCGCCUCCAGAAAUUUUAAGUGGGACUUCAAAUUCUACAGAAGUGAAGAGCCUUUCAACAGAUUCAACCUUGGAAGGUCAAACUGAAAAGCCGAAGCAUAGUUCAAGGCUCUCAUCGGGUAGUGCUAGCUCACUUUUAAAUUCCCCAGACCGAAGGAGUACCGACUCAUCAAAGCACUCCAGGCGCCAAGCAUCUAGCAGUACUGGCUCACCUUUAAAUUCCCCCAGUGGCACUGAUGCGCCAAAGAGUUCUAGGCGUCACCGCUCUUCAAACAAGUCAAUGGACUCUCCAAGGGAAGAAUCAUCAGGGAGCAGCCGAACCUCAAGACGACACAAGACCUCAAGUCUUGGUGCUGAAUCGCCUAUUCAAGACCAGCCCACCAUCCCAAAGCAUUCUCGUGGAAGAAAGUCCAAGGGAUCAUCAAGAUCAAAAGAAAAGAACUCUUCAAACGAAGCGCUUCCUUUCUCGGAUCCUGGACCUGGAGGGUCUGAGUCUAUACAUGGAAGGAAGAACACUGCAAGCCAACUAAGUUCUGUUUUGGAAGCAUAUGAAGAAGAGCGAUGAAAGGAAUGCGAGGAUUUGUAUGUUAGAGAUUUAAUGUUAUGUGCAUUAAAGUGUCAACUAUAAUUCAAUUUGUCUUGAAUUUGCUUUUAAAUUCUCUCUUCAUAUACAUGUCUAUCUUGAAUUUGCUUUUAAA